GCCCGUCACAGCGUCAGGCUUCACAUUUCCUUACAACGCUUGCGCAAUAGUCUAACGGGGUCUUACUUUUGCUUCACAAUGAUUUAACAACGGGGAUAGAUGACGUGCGCCGACACAUUAAGGUCUGCCUUUACCACCACCAACCGUGACCUUUUCACUUCUGACUUUAGGCACAAUAAACAACACGCGCUUGUAGGGUAUGCACCGUGUGAGACUGCAAACCCCCUCCUAAAUCCGUUACUUUCUUAAAGCUAGUAUCAUAGUGUAAGAUUCCGGCCUGAUGAGCAGCGCGAGUGUAUCGUCAUAUGGGAGCUCUGUCGAAGGCUCCAUUGCCGGAGGGCUUCGGCCAAAUGCAUUACAACCGGGGGACGAUGACAACAUCUUCGACGAACCUCAUACAGUACAGCUUGGCAUUUUCGGGGUGCUCUACACGGUCUCUAAAGAAAAGCAGCUCACCAGCGUCAAGUUCGCAUUCUUCCGCUUCUUCCUGGACUUCCUGCAGCUGUGGCUGCUGGUGGUGAACCCCGCCUAUGGCUGGGACAUCGACCCCAACAACAAGGCUACACCUUCUUCCUGGCGCUACUGUACGUGCUGGUGGGCCUGCUGGCGCUGAACCUGGCCCUCAGCGUGUGGGUGGCGCACUCCUUCUCCAACAACCGCUUCGAGUAUGUGUGGCCCAUCCAGUUCCUGCGCUGGUUCGGACUCAUCUUCUACCAGAUCCUGGACAUUGCCACGCUGACACUGCUGCUGGUGACGCUGGACUGCAACUACUUUGGUGUGCCGCCGGACCAGCGCUACCGCAACCAGGAGUUCCCGCACAUAAUGUGUUGGUCCAUGCCCCACGUGGUGCAUGUGGCGGUGUCGGUGGCCUCCAUCGUGCUGUUCGUGGUGAUGGCGGCCAGCAUGGUGGUCAGCGAGAUGGAGCUCAACCCCCUCACCCGCAACUACAUGUCCAUCCCGCACACACGCGUGGAGGGCGCCGGCUUCGGCCUCAAGACGCUGCUGACGGUUGCCUCGGUGCUGCUGGGCAGCUCUCCGCGCUGGCUGGCGGUGGUGCACGUGACCUGUCUGGCGGCGCUCACCUACAUCAACGUCAAGUGGGUGAGUGGGGGUCGGGGGGGGGG